AUGGACACGAUACGACAACUCUCGCUCGAUGAGCUCAACGCUGGUGCUCUGGAGUUGUUUGUCUACCAACGAGUCGACGACGACAUGAUCAGCUUCCUGGCAGAGGCCGCUGCCGAAGUCAUCCAGUGCGAUGAUGCCGCCCCACCAACAACAUCCCGGUCUUCAGCAAGGGCAGCAAAGGGCGACACACCACUACCCUCCAUCCAGACCUUCAUCGAGAAACUUGUGGAUUCCUCCAACGUCCAAGUAGCCACCCUCAUGUCUUCUCUUGUCUACCUCCGGCGCCUCAAGUCGUGUCUGCAGCCCAUGGCCAAGGGCCUGCGAUGCACCACCCACCGCAUCUUCCUGGCUACCCUCAUCCUCACGGCCAAGUACCUCAACGACAGCAGCCCCAAGAACAAGCACUGGGCCAGCUACAGCGUGAUCUCCGACGAGGUCUACAACUUCGGCUUCAGCCGUACCGAAGUCAACCUCAUGGAGCGCCAGCUCCUCCAGCUCCUGGAGUGGAACCUCCGCAUUACUGACAAGCAGCUCUACGAGGAACUUGAGUACUUCCUCGCACCCCUCCGCCCGCGCGUCCAGCGUCGCUACGAGCGCCGCGUCCGCGCCCAGAUGGAGCAAGAGCAAGAAAUGCUCCAACGCCUCGCCCUGCAGCGCGAGCGCGAAGAGGAAGCCCGCAUGUGGAUGCCGCUCGCUCAACCCCAACCCGCCGUCGUCGCAGUCAGCGCGCGCGACCAAUCUGUCGAGCGCCACGCCUACCCAACCCCAGCAUCCUCCCGCGGCACCUCCCGCUCCCGCUCCCGCCAGGCCGUCGCCUACAACAACACCCCGUCCACCUCCUCCUCCCACUCCCGCGGCAGCAGCCGCGACGUCUCACCCCCGGGCCUCCUCUACUCCAGCGGCUCUUCCUACGCCGGCUCCAACACCUCCCGCGCUACCACCCCGCUCAGCGAAGCCGACAUCACCAGCGCCCAGUACCAGCCCUACGUCUAUGACGACGCCGCUGCUUCUGGCACUGUGGUCUGCCACUCGCCUACCGACAUGGCGGUAGAUGCCUAUGGUCGCCCAGUUGUGCCGGCCAAGGAUCCCAUGUAUGUCCCUGGCGGUCGUGGCAUGAAGCAACAGCAGCAGCAGCAGUACAUGAUGGCUGCGGCGGCGUCGCGGCAGAUGUUGCCGUAUGAGAUUAGCGCGGAGGAGCUAAGGAGUUUGGAGGCGUCGGGGCGGGGUGCGCCGGCUGGGAAGGGCGUGAGGGGAGUGUUUGGGCGGGUGUUUGGGACUGCGCGGUAG